CCGAAAAUGGACUUCCGCCAAGAUCGCAGGAACAUGGAGUUCGGAAGUCCCGCUGUAGUGUAAGUUCACAGCAGACAGCCUACGUGUUGUUUGUGUUUCAGCGUCGUUACUGUGCAUAUUUUCAUUCAUGAAACUACCUGGUAGGAAGUUGAGGGCUUCGCAUCUCUCACUUCGUGAAGAGUGAAGCGCAACAUGGCGAGCAUCCCCACAGUGGGGGGCCGGGGGGACCCCUUGCCCGUGGGGGGCGUGUCACUGGAGAAGACGCUGGGGGUGACCUCCCCCAUAAGCGUCGCCACCCCCAAGGCCACCGACCUGGUGCGCACCAAGGAGCUGGAGGAAGCCCUGCGCCAGUUUGGCCUCUUCGAAUCCGAAGAGGAGCUCGCACACAGGAUGGAAGUGCUGUCGAAGAUAAAUCAGCUGGUGAGGCAAUGGAUCUACGAUGUCAGCAUAAAAAAAAACAUGCCCCCAAAUGCAGCAGAAAAUGUUGGCGGGAAAAUAUACACGUUUGGUUCCUACCGGCUUGGGGUUCACACAAAGGGUGCUGAUAUCGACACGUUAUGCGUUGCGCCAAGGCACAUCGAGCGGUCGGAUUUCUUCUCCUCCUUUGUCGACCUGCUGCGGCAACAGGAAGAAGUCAAGGAUCUCAGGGCUGUUGAAGAGGCGUUUGUUCCCGUAAUCAAGAUGACCUUCGAUGGGAUUGAACUGGACAUGCUGUUUGCACGUCUGGCCCUGAAGGACAUUCCAGAGGACCAGGACCUCAGGGACGUCAAUAUCCUCAAAAACUUGGACCCAAAGUGUGUCCGCAGCCUUAAUGGGUGUCGUGUAACGGACGAGAUCCUCCACCUGGUGCCCAACAGGGAAACCUUCAGGUUAUCUCUACGGGCGAUCAAAUUAUGGGCCAAAAAGCACGGUGUGUACUCCAAUGUCCUUGGCUACCUCGGGGGCGUGUCGUGGGCCAUGCUGGUGGCCCGCACCUGCCAGCUCUACCCGAACGCUGCCGCAGCUACUCUAGUUCACAAGUUCUUCCUCGUCUUCUCACAGUGGCCUUGGCCGAAGCCAGUGUUACUAAAACAGCCGGAGGAGAACAAGCUGGGUUUUCCUGUCUGGGACCCUCGCAUCAACGUCGCCGACCGCUUUCACCUGAUGCCCAUCAUCACCCCCGCAUAUCCGCAGCAGAACUCCACAUUCAACGUCUCCAUGUCAACAAGGGUCAUCAUGGGACAGGAGUUCAAGCAGGGUCUCGCCAUCACAGACGACAUAAUGCUCGGACGAGCGGAUUGGAUGAAACUGUUUGACCCGCCCAACUUCUUUGCGAAGUACAAGCAUUUCAUAGUUGUCAUAGCUACUGCAUCAACAAAGGAGCAUCAUUUGGAAUGGUAUGGUUUGGUUGAGUCUAAAAUACGAAUCCUCAUCUCCAACCUGGAGAGGCAUCCCUACAUAGAGAUUGCUCACGUCAAUCCUGAGUCGUUCCCACCAUGUGAACCGGACGGCGACAAACUUCAGUCCAUGUGGUUCAUUGGCCUGCAGUUCAGCAAGACGGAGCACGUCAACGUGGACCUUACGUACGAUAUUUCGUCCUUUAUAGAAACAGUCAAAAGACAAGCCAUGACCAUCAACAUGUACAAACAAGACAUGGACAUCGACAUCAAACAUGUUAGGCGGAGAGAACUGGUGAAAUACUUACCGCAGCCUAUACUGAAUCGCUGUAAAAAGAAGGGAAAGGUGAGUACGACACCAAACUCAACGCCCCAAGGAAGUCCGGGUAACACGCCGGUGAUGAAUAAAAAAUCCCUGGCCACCAGCAAGUCGGACUCUGCCCUCUUGGGCCUGACCGGGGACAGUCCAAUGAUAGACGCAAAGAACAGGGACGGAGACUCAUCCUUCGAACUCAUGCAUUCCAGCAGCACACCACCAGCGUCCGGGGUGCACCACAAGCGGAAGCUGGACCCCGAGGGUGGGGAGCCCCUAGGGGACUCCGUGAGCUGCCCCGAUGGAGGGUUGGGCCCCGGGGACGAGGAAGAGGGGUCGAAGCGGUGCCGUUCGGACGAGGCCAACAGUGCCGCCUUCAUGGACGCGGUCGGGCUCGGAUGGGGAGAGUUGCCCUUCCUAGACCGGCCACAGGCUGACAACACCACGCACCAGUUGCAGGGGUCCCCACCUAGGUCGUUGAAACGGCAGUUGGAACCUGUAGAAGGCAACAGCGACGAGCCCGUCAAGAGGCGCAAGAGCGAUGACCCUGCUCUGGAGGCUGAAGGAGGGUCAAGACUAGACGGAAGCCAAUCUCCCAACUCCCUGAACCACAUCGGUUCGGACAAUGGCCAGCACGGACCGUUGGAAUGUUCCGCGGAGCACAUCGCGACGAAAGCUACGAACCACAUUAUUCAACCGUCCUUUAAGAACGACCUCGGCGCCAGCUUGGCGGACGACUCGUGUCGAGCGGACAUCUCGAAGCUGCCGCUGGUGACCGUGCAGAACAAGAACGGAACGUCUGACACCGUAGACGCCGCAGGCUCGGCGCAGCUCAUCAACAUCGACCUGGGCUCUGUCUGAUGAUGGCCAGCCAGGUAAAAGACUUGUGGGCCUGACGAAGCUGCAGCCCACCCACCCACCCACCCAUCCCUCUCCCCACCUCUCUCUCCCUCGUCUCAUUCUCUUUUACAGGGAGAGAGACAGGUAAGGACUUGGCCCCCACCCCACCCCAUCAGCGGGCACGUGGUGUGCCGCGGAGUUACCGGGUGACGUGAUGUACAGUUGAGAUCCCCCGACGGAUGACUCGGCAGGAAAGUGUCACAAUAUGCCGCAGAAUGGUUUCGCGCGUGUGUGUGUGUACAGGGUUUGCACGGAGGGCUGAGCAGCGAGCAAGUGGGUCUGUUUAGACCGUUCCCCACCCUCCCUUUUAUGUCUUAGCACACGACAGCGUGACCAGGAUGUGUACAUACGUAGGUUGCCAACCUUCGAUUUCGCGGAAGACGACGUUUGAAUCAGAUCGAUUCGUACGUAGGACUCGUAACGAAUGGCGCAAACGGCCUCCUGCGUGCUUGUCCUCUCGCCCGCCCGCCCGUCCGAAAAUCCUCCGAGCACUCUUUGCUCUCCCUCGCUUCUUUCUUUUGAUAUGUAUGCUGUAUCUAUACGUGUACGCGAGACUUUCUCUUUUUUUCUUUCUUUUCUUUCUGGACUCUGGAGACCGCGCCGGUCUGCACGGGAUGAAGCCCGUGUUGAUGGGCAGAGCAAGUGGUUGUUGGACUGGUGUGUCUUUUAUGUGUGCGCUUUCGGGAGAAGAUGCGACGUCGGGGCCGAUGAUGCGUUCUCGUAGGCGAACACACGGACUCUUGCGCCUCGGGAACCAUCGCAGCGUCCCGAGAGAGAGAGGAGGGGGUGAUGUUGUAAUGCAAGAAGUGAUUUGUGAUAUAGUCUGGAGUGUACGAGGUUUCUAGGCUGCCUUUUUUCUUUUUUAUUAUUAUUUUACCUACGUAGCUGAGGGGAAAAGAAAAAAGGUGUGUUAUCUCAGGUGUGGACGUGUUUUUAGAGGAAAGAUGGAUUUGUACUGCGCGUGAUGUACUGCUGCUGCUGCUGCUGCUGCUCUGGACGCUGUCGUCUGCUGCGAGAAAUUGUUUUUGUUUUGUCGGGCAAAACACGAUUUCUGCAUAUUAUUUUACACCGUGUUAGCUCGGAUUGGAGCCUUCCCGCUGUUCUACGCCUGCUGGAUCGCCAGUGCGUAACAAAAAAAUUGGCGACCCUUUCGUAGCUUUGGCAGCGCUGUUUUGCAGAAUGCAGAACUAUGUUGACGAAUGGGCCUUAGGCGUUAGCUUUGCGAUGCUUUUUCCUUCGUCUUAGUUCGAGUUAAACUGGAAAUGAACAGUUGGGAAAUUCUGUGCUUCGAGAUCGUUAUUUAUACGCAGUUUUCGCCCCCCUGAAAUGUGCAUCGGUAAUCCUUACCAAACUGUCUGCAGUUGCAAAAACAUCAUCAUCUCAAAAUCAACAUGGAAACUGACCACAGUACAAGCAUUUUCACGCAGUUUCUGUGAAGUGCUGCAUAACCAGAAAA